AUGCUAUACUACACAACAAACCGCAUCCGAAUCGCAUCAGCCAACCACGAGAUCUACUUGUCUGAAAACGGCCCCUCCAGGGGGGCUGCAGUGCCCACACCAGCAGACCCUCCCAAAAAAAAAUCGAGGUCCGCGCCGUUCGGCAGCAGGAGGCGCGCUGCGCGAAAGCUGAAUCAAAACAAAACGAAGUUUGAAGAAAGGACGGGGCAGUGUAUGGUUGCCACGUCAGCAGAAGAUAACACGCGGCGCGCUAUCGAACGCGGCAGCCUCCCCGUCGUAGAGAGAACGCUGGAGGAAACGAAGGAGGAGUUGGUCAAAAAUAAGAAAACUGUGGAAGAGAGCCAGGCUCAACCUCGUUGCCGCCGCCGCCGCCGCCGCCGCUGCUGCUGCUGUUUUUUCAGCAGCAGCAGCGGCGGCGGCAAGUGUCUGCGUGGCUUCACCGCCCGGCUGCUGCCCGGGUGUGUCAUGAGGCAUGUGUUCUAGAGUGGGACCGCGCAAUGGUGUUGUGCUGUGCCACAUAACAGGGCGCAAAGCACACAGGCGAGCCGCGCCCUCGCGCGUGUGCGUCAGAGGGUCUUUUCGGGAGGUUCCGACGGUUUCGUGCAAUUUCAUUGGUUGGUCGAUUU